UAAAAAGCCACACGGAAGUGUUGAGGGGCGCUGCCUUAGUUUGUACUUAUGUACCCUGUUUGGGACGGGGGGCUUUUGAAUUCUUUUUUGGUUGAGGACCUUUACGGGAGGAUUCAAGCAUGAGCAGGGGUUCAAAGGGAACCCAAGCGCAGGAGAACUGGUCCAGUUCUCUGCUCAGCAGCCAAGAAAAUGACAAGCUUUUUGACCUGCUAGGACGCAGAUGUGUGAGUCUCGCAUCUACAGUAGUUCAGCUCUGCAUGGCUCUGCCUAACAGCAGGGAUCGCUGGAGUCAACAGCAUUGCGGAGUCGUGUGUUUUGUGAAGGACAACCCCAAGAGGUCUUACUUCAUCAGGCUCUAUGACAUCACGGAGGGGACAUUGAUCUGGGAACAGGAACUCUAUAACCAGUUUGAAUAUACCGCACGAUCCCCAUUCUUCCAUACCUUCAGUGGAGAUGACUGCCAGGUAGGGCUGAACUUCGCAAACGAAAGUGAAGCGGCAACUUUCAAGGUGAACGUGGAACAGAAGAUUAACCAACGAUUGAACCGACAAGAGAAAAGACAGCAUCUCCCUCCUCCACCUGUUCCUGCUGAUGACAGAAGAGGUGGACUGCCCCCUCUCCCACCACCAAAUGGAUCCAGGUCUCCUACCUCAAUCCCAAUGCCCACCAUUGAUAUUCAGAACCCUGACAUUGUGACGUCUCGAUACCGCUCAACCCCGACUCCGACCCCCGCCCACCUGCCCCUCGACAAGGGCAAGAAGGACAAGAAGAAGGGUGGAAAGAAAUUCAAGCUGAGCAAGGCUGACAUCGGAGCGCCCAGCAGUUUUAUGCAUGUGUCUCACGUUGGUUGGGAUCCCAAUACAGGAUUUGAUGUUAACAACAUGGACCCCGAUCUGAAGUGUCUCUUCUCCAAAGCUGGGAUCAGUGAUGCUCAGCUGGCGGACGCAGACACCUCGAAACUGAUCCACGACUUCAUUGAGGAGUCAGGGGGGCUGGAGGCUGUCAAGGAGGAGAUGAGGAGACAAGAACCUUACCCACCUGCCCCUCGGUCCCGCAGCAACCCUCUGCCCCCUGUACCCUCUCCCACCCCCCCUCCCCCCCGAGGCAGAUCCGGACCCCUCCCCCCUGUCCCAGGACAGCCCCAACGCGGCCCCCCUCCCCCCUCCAGAAGCCCAGCCCCCCCUCCCAACAGGAACACCCCCCCUCGACCCGCACCCAUCAACAGAGGAGGUCCGCCCCCACCUCCUCCUGCCUCAGCUCACCUCCACCCCUCCCCUCCUGCCCCUCCUCCUGCAGGUGGACCUCCCCCUCCCCCUCCCCCCCCUCCUCCGCCCCCCGCACCCUCCCCAGGGCUACCUCCCCCUCCUCGCUCCGGAGCCCCUGCUCCCUCGACAGGAGGAAGAGGAGACCUUUUGGAUCAGAUCAUUUCAGGCAAGAAGCUGAAAAGUGUACCAGACAGGCAGGACUCUGCUCCCUCUGACCAGGCAGAGAGCAGUGAAGGGCUGGUUGGGGCACUGAUGAUGGUGAUGCAGAAGAGAAGCAAAGCCAUCCACUCCUCAGAUGAAGAAGAGGAAGACAGAGCAGAGGAUGAUGACGACGAUGAAUGGGAUGACUGAUCACGCACUUUCCUCAAAUUCGAUUUUAUUUUACAUUUUUAAUGAAGCUGGUAGCACACUGUCAGAAAUCUUUUGAGGUUCAUGUUUAAUAUUUGCGGUUUUAUUUUUUGAGAUCACGUUACAUUAGAGACAGUACAGUACUAGCUAAUAUAUAUCAUAAGAAAAGCAGUGAAAGCUGAAUUAUUUAAAAGAAAAUAAAUUGCAAUAAAUUAACAGUGUUGUCUUGAUUUUUUUCUUUCAUUGUGAUGAAGUAAAAUAAUAAUAAUAAUAAUUUUUUUUAAUGAUAAUGUUACAGUCAAAUUCAAGUACACUAUAUUUCAUUGCUGGACUCAGUAAAGUGCGCCCUCUUGUGACCCAUUGUAAAAGUGCCGUUGGUUUCUAAAUGAGAAAGAUUUAGAACAUGAGAAAAGGCCAUUCGGCCCAUCAAGGCUCGUCCCAUGUUAGCGCACCAUUCUCCCCUACUGUGGGGAACUAAUUUAAAAGCACAGAAUCUCUUUUUUUAAAUGCUCCCAGUGUUUUAGCUCCUACUAUGUCACCUGGUAGGCUAUUCCAUGCAUUUAUAACUCUCUGUGUAAAAAAAGUGCUUCCUACUUCCUGUUCUAAACGCUACCCAGCUUCCAUUUCUGCCCUCCCGUUCUCUCUGUUGAAUUUGAAGUCCUGUCUUGGGUUAUCUAGAACAGUUAUGAUUUGAAAGACUUCAGUCAAGUCCCCUCUUUCCCUUCAUUUUUCUAGACUGAUUUAAUUAUGUACCAUCUCGAGUACAGUGAUGUAUUUUUUGUAGUGAGGCGACCAAAACUGGACAUGUUAGUGGCAACUGUGUGUAGUUUUGCCUCUAUUAGUUACACAGUGUUUAGUAUUUUGUAUUUCUAUAGUUACAGAUUAUUGAUAUAACUAUACUUCUGUUAAUGAAGACAAAAGAUUGUUUUAUGCUGUUGAAUAAAAUGUUCUAAAAAAUA